AUGAAGAUGCAAGAAGGUCAGCCACAGCCAAACACCUCCACAAGGUUUGUAGGCAGGGAGCACCAAGCUGAGUUUGGCCUUCAGAUGGUCUUUCUGCACCUGGUGGGAUAUGCAGAAGAUCACUUGGGGAAAGAAGAGAUCUUGCAGGAACAAGACAACUGCUCAGAGGCAGGUGUGGUUGAGGCUCGACAACGUGCCCCCACUGGACCAGAAUGGGAUUCUGAGGAUGUGAGAGUUGAGACAUUCAAACAUGGGCUUCUUCCUAUUUUGAAAAUUACAUGGAAAUUAGAAUCAAACGCAGGCAUAUUAAGCCUGAUUGGAUCAGAUAUUCGUAUUCUGGAUGAAAAUACAAAUCAAACUGUGUGUGUGCAGUUUUCUUACAAAACGAAACAUCAGCUGAAUCCAAACCACUCCAGAUGGACAUUUUCAUUGGAUGAUAUUGUGGUUGAUCCUGGGCACACAUAUAUGGUGUCAGUCUUUAACUUGCCAAAACCUGACACUGGAGAUUACAGGAUUGGAAAGCAAAUUAUCAUCCCAGGAUGUGAUAACUGCAAUCUCCAAAAGACACAGAUAUGUCUGGAAAAUGGUAGUCUGUGGGAUCCAAAUAUAACGGUUGUGUCAGUGGAAAAGGUCGAUAAAAUUAUGCUCAUUGUUAUGAGCUUUGAGACAGCAACAUUUUCAGAGACCUACACAGUCUCCAUCCAGAGUGCUGGUUUCCAUUGUUCAAAGAAUGUCACAAAGGAGAAUAGGACUUCAGUGAUUGUGACCUUUCAGGUGAAUAUGUGGAAGUUCUCCCAGUGUGAAAUAUUGUUCACGAUUCAACCAUUUUUCCUCCGAUGCAAGAAUGACUGUUGGCGGCCGAAGAAAUUAUUUGAUUAUUGUCUCUAUCGUCAUCAUGUAAUAGCGAAGGCAACUAUUGGAUUGGUCAUGAUUGGUGGCGGCAUUGCUUAUGUGCUAUGGCAUUUAUUUCAUAAAGUUCCUGUGAAGAUGUCCUCAGCUGCUGCCAAAGAAGAACCAACAUGUACUGAAGUGCAAGAAAGAAGGAGAGUCCUCAUCAUCUACUCCCUUGACCACCCAUUAUACAAAAACAUUGUUCUGAAGCUUUGCGCCUUCUUAAUGAGUAAAUGUGGCACAGAGGUGAUCCUGGAUCUGCUGGACUCCACCGGGGUAGGAGUGCUGGGCUGCAUUCAGUGGUUGGACUGGCACCGAGAGCAAAUAGAGAGUUCCUCAGAUAAGAUACUAAUCCUGUGUUCACCUGGAGUUCAAGCCAAAUGGAAAGCCAUGUGCGGUGAUAAACUGGUUGUUUUGAGAGAAGAUGCCCACUCUCCAAUGGGUGACUCACUCACACCAGCACUCAGCCUUAUGGUCCCUCAUUUUGUUCGAGCAGCAUCUUUUGAGAAAUACAUAGUGGCUUUUUUUGAUGGUGUUUGUUCGGCAGCAGAUGUUCCUUCACCUUUCAAUAUUACAGUACAAUAUAAGCUAAUGCAAGAUUUUGAGGAGCUCUUUUUCAGAAUCUUGGGUGCUGAAAAGCAUGAACCAGGCAGAGUGAAGUACAUCGAGGGGCUUGCUGAUAGUGAGUACUGUCACUGCCCCUCAGGUCGAGCCUUGUAUGAUGCCAUAAAGGUUUUCCAAGAGUACCAGCUGAAGCACCCACAGUGGUUUGAAGAUCAAAUACUGAAAUGUUCAGAGCUGGAUGUGGAAGAGGUCCCAUCCGACAUUUAUGACAAUGCAAAAACAGACAUGACCCUCGUUCAGUGCGCAACAUAA